GUUAGUGAAGUCUCAUAUAAGAGGCUGAACUCUUUUUACCGUUGCUGUUGUGUCCGGCAUGAACGGUUCACGGAACAAACCGGCACCGACUAUACACCAGAGUCAAACGGACGCAGGGACCGGCUCAGAGACGAACCACAGGGAAAGAAAGACCGUUGGAGGAAUGCUGAAGAAACUGAAGUCGAGGCGCAGUCAGACGGAUAAGUGGCCUGUGGUUACAGAGGAUGAACUCCGGGCUCUGGGAGGAGAUAUCACCCCGGACCAUGUCCUGGGUCUCCGGGCUGUCACGGAGGACUAUCUUUGCAAACCCGAAGACAAUAUCUACAACAUUGACUUUACAAGGUUCAAAAUCAGAGAUCUGGAGACGGGAACGGUUCUGUUUGAGAUCGCCAAACCUCCUCAAAGCGGUCCUGUAGAGAGUGAUGAUGAGCUUGGAGACAUAGACGCCAGUGCAGGGCGCUUUGUGCGAUAUCAGUUUACACCAGCCUUCCUCAAACUUUGUACUGUUGGUGCUACUGUGGAGUUCACAGUUGGUGACCGACCCAUUAACAGCUUCCGCAUGAUCGAGAGGCAUUAUUUCCAGGGACGUCUUCUAAAGAACUUUGAUUUUGACUUCGGCUUCUGCAUUCCAAACAGCCGCAACACAUGUGAACACAUUUAUGAGUUUCCACAGCUUCCCGAUGACCUCAUAUGCCAAAUGGUGGCGCAUCCUUACGAGACCAGAUCAGACAGUUUCUACUUUGUGGACAACAAACUCAUCAUGCACAAUAAAGCAGACUAUGCCUAUAAUGGUGGUUUGUAAUGCCUGAGGGGAAACAUUCGUGCAAUACUUCCCAGGGGAUUAAUUUCAUGGAUUACGACUCUCCAAAAGCUUGUUAUUUUGGGGGACAGAAAGUAUUCCCUCCUUUUUGGACAUUCCUACAAACAUGACACAUUUUCCAGUCUUUGGACCACACCUGCCUCCAUAUGAAAUCAUGGAUUCAUUCAUCAGUACCUCAUGGAGCUUAGUUUCUUGGACUCUGAGGAAUGUUCGGUCAAAUAUUUCUCUGUUAAAUCUGACUGAAACCUCUUUGUCUUUUGGUUCAUCAGGAGUAUCCUGUUACUGCUUGAACACUUUUGCCUUAAGUAUCUCUGCUGGAAAGGGACACUUUGAGUCUCAGACCUGUUGUGGCAAAGCUUUUAGACUGACAGAAAUUCAACUUCAUGUACUUCAGGUGUUUUCAGCUCAUUUUGUUUGAACUACCUUUUGCUAGUGACAAUUGUGCUUCCUGUAUGGAAAAGCGAGCAUAAACUAGUUGUUUUACAGUAUUGUUAGCCUUAGACGAUCAUAUAGCAAUAGUUUCAUUCUUCAUAAACUAUCUUCUAUCAUU